AUAAUGCAUUUGCUUGUCUGUGGGAGUGGUGUGGUAUUUGCAUUAUAUUAAAAACCAGUGGAGUUUGUUUGAUUUAGGAGUUGUGUAUAGUGAGAGAAGAGAGCAGAGAGCAGAGUGAAGAAAGAAAAGCAAUGGCGAGUUUGGAACGAACCCCCACAUGGGCAGUGGCCACUGUCUGCUUUUUGUUGAUUCUCAUUUCCAUUUCCACAGAAUAUUUGCUUCACUUUCUUGUCAAACGGUUUUUCAGCAUCAAAAGAAGGAAAUCCCUCAGGCAAGCUCUCGACAAUAUCAAAUCCGAAUUGAUGCUUUUGGGAUUUGUAUCGCUGUUAUUGACGGUGAGCGAGAAAGGAAUUGCUAACAUUUGCAUUCCUAAGAGUUUGAAUCACAAAUUUCUGCCCUGUCACACUAUCAACUUCAAUUCCACUUACUUCUUGGAAGAACCCAAGUGUGAUUCACAGGGGAAAGCUUCAUUGCUGUCUAGAGAUGGUGCAAAGCAAGUUAAGUAUUUGAUCAUUUGUUUAGCCUUUGUUCAUAUCUUCUCCAGUCUACUCAGCUAUAGUCUUGGAAUCGCCAAGAUGAGAAGAUGGCAGUCUUGGGAAGCAAAAACCAGAACUUUGGAAUAUCAAUUUACAACUGAUCCAAGAAGAUUUCAAUUUGCUCGUCAAACAUCCUUUGGCAAGAGGCAUCUUAAAUUCUGGAGUGACCACCACAUUCUUCGAUGGCCGGCCUGUUUUGUUAGACAAUUUUAUGAAUCUGUGUCUGCAGCUGAUUAUCUCACUCUUAGACAUGGUUUCAUUACGGCCCAUCUUGGAGAAGGAACCAACUUUGACUUCCAAAAGUAUAUAACAAGAGCUCUAGAUAAUGAUUUCAGUGUCGUUGUGGGAAUCAGUUGGUGGGUUUGGGUGUUUUCUGUAAUCUUCAUAUUCUUCAGUGCACAUGGGUUUCACAGCUAUCUAUGGCUUCCCUUUAUUCCAUUAUUAAUGCUUUUGUUGGUUGGGACAAAAUUACAAGGGAUUAUGACGGAGAUGUGUUUGGAUAGCCAUGAGAAGUCUCAUGUCGUUCGAGGAACUCUGCUUGUUAGGCCCAGUGACCAUUAUUUUUGGUUGGGCCGCCCCAAAUUGCUUCUCUAUUUCAUACACUUCAUUUUCUUCCAGAAUUCAUUCCAAUUAGCAUUUUUUGCAUGGGCAUGGCUGAAAUUUGGGCUGAGAUCGUGCUUUCAAAGAGAGAUAGCAGAUUUGGUAAUAGGAGUUUCUGUCGGGGUGUUGGUGCAGUUCAUUUGUGGUUAUGUUACUCUGCCUCUCUAUGCACUUGUGGCUCAGAUGGGGAGUUCGAUGAAGAAAACGGUAUUCACGGAGGGGGUGGUUGAGGGCCUGAGGAAAUGGAAAGGGAGAGCGAAGAAAAAGGUUGCUCGAAGGCAAAGAGGCCAACAUGGCUGCGACUACAACUUCUCACAGUCGCCGCCGCGGACAUCAGUUGACGCCGGCGUUGACUCGCCGCCAUCUUUCAGACUGGAGGCGACGCCCAUGGCAUCAGUGGAUUAUUAUGGUCGUUUACAACUGGCGGGUGCCAAUAAUAAUAAACAAUACAACAACAACAACAACAGUUGUUCUGCUGCGGUUUCAGUUAAUGGCGAUGAGGAUAAACUAAAAGGCAAAAAACCAAUCGAAGAGGCGGAUCAGAAGUCCAUCUCAUUGGAUGCCUUUGAUUGGGCUAACAAAAUACACCGUAAUUUUUCAAGACAUGCAAUGUAGUGUGUUUAUAUAUAUUUCUUAAUGUGAUCUGUAUUAUAUUUUAUAUCUUUUUGUACAUUAAUAAAUAAUGCACUUUCUACACAUUAUAUUUUCAAA